AUGGGCGUCUCGGGCUACCUCGCGUUCGGGCCCAAGACCAAGGGAAACGUGCUCAACAACUUCCCCACGGACGACUGGGUCGUCAACGUUGCGCGGCUCUGCUUCGGCCUCAACAUGCUCACCACGUACCCGCUCGAGCUGUACGUGGUGCGCGCGGUGGUGCGCGACCUGCUCGAGAUCUACCACAGACGCGAGAUUCCAGAACUGUCCACGGCGCAGCACCUGCUGAUCACGACCGUGCUCGCGGGCGUGCCGAUGCUCGUCGCGCUGUUCACGUGCAACCUGGGAGCCAUAUUGGAACUCGUCGGCGCCACGUCCGCGUCGCUGCUCGCGUUCAUCCUGCCCCCGCUGUGUUUUCUCAAAUUGACCAAGAUGAAGCCGCUUAAAGAGAAAAUACCGCUGUACAUGUGCAUAGCGUUCGGUCUCUGUGUCAUGGUGCUGUCGUCCACGCAGACAAUACUAAGCGCACUGCGCAGCACCGACGACGACCACUGUGUCGUAUAG